AUGUCUGACAAACCCGAGAUGGCUGAGAUCGAGAAAUUCGAUAAGUCGAUAUUGAAGACAGAAAAGCAAGAGAAAAAUCCACUGCCUUCCAAGGAAAUGAUCGAACAGGGGAAGCAAGCAGGCGAGUCGUAG